UCAGCGGCUGUGGGGAGGCGGGUCGAGGUGCUGACUGUAAUGUGAUAGCUGCUCCGCUCUAACGUUAUUACAUACACAUGCUGGCUGCCUGCGCUCUCGCUGCUGGAACACGGAGCCUUCAAAACUCAAGCCAGAAUAGUCCGAUCAGAGCAGAGGGAAGGAGCUGUGUGCCUGGACUAGCGGAGAGAGAACGGAGUGUUACCGAUAGAUUAUAGAGCUCUGGGUAAUAACGGCAAUACGGACCGUUUUGGUUUGCAUUCUAUGAAAGAUCGUUUUUACCGACGAGCCUUGGACAGUUGGACUAUUUCGUUAAGAUUUGUGUUUUUUUUUUUUUGGACAAGUAAAUGCGCUGGAGGGAGAAAGUCAAAGGAAAUACAAAACACAUAUCUUCUCACUGGUUUGGAGGCAACCAAAACACUCACUUCAGAUAUCUGCUAGAGAAAGCAUCAAUUCCGUGGACUAAAAACCGCUACGGACUUCUGAAUGAAUUCAUACAGAUUUUUUAUUUUAUUUUCCAUAAUUUCUUUGUAAUAGAAUAUUAUCUGGAUGGAAUUGAUGUUUUAUUUUUAUUUUUUUCUCGUUAUUCUGAACGCCGCAGUGGCCAGAAUGGUUUUGAAUCUUUUAAAUUAUUGAAUUGAAAUAACAGGGGCAGAAAAUAUUAUUCAUUUAAAAAAAGAAGAAACAAGAGAAGGGUUAAGCGGGUAGGAAUUGAUAUCGCCGUUGUGUUGAACACCGAACCACAGACCAACGUCUUCCCGGUGGAGACGCGUGUUACCGUGACCGGAGAAAACAGUUUGCACGAGGAAGAAGACUUUCACGGCGAGUUCUUGUCUCCGGGAUUGGGAAGGGUGAAACUUCACCUCGGAAAAUGGAUAUAUUACCGUGGCUCUGUGGAUGUUUACUGGCCGUUUGUUUACCACAAAUAGUUAUCGGUGAAGAAGGUGAGGCGUGUGGCGGACAUUUUGAUGCCAGCAACGCCGGGUACAUCACCACCCCAGGGUACCCUCUGGAGUAUCCCCCUCAUCAGAGCUGUCGCUGGGUCGUCACCGCCCCAGAACCUUCCCAGCGUAUCGUCCUCAACUUCAACCCCCACUUUGAACUGGAGAAGCUAGACUGCAGAUAUGACUUCAUAGAGAUCCGUGAUGGAAACAGUGAGAAUGGAGACCUGUUGGGUAAACACUGCAGUAACAUCGCUCCUCCAGCCAUCAUCUCCUCCGGCCCCGUGCUCCACAUCAAGUUCGUCUCUGACUACGCUCACCAGGGAGCGGGAUUUUCACUGCGCUACGAGAUCUUCAAAACGGGUUCAGACUGCUCCCGUAACUUCACCAGUCAGAACGGGAUCAUUGAGUCUCCGGGGUUCCCUGAUAAAUACCCUCAUAACCUGGAGUGUUCCUUUAUAAUCAUCGUGCCCCCGGCCAUGGACGUGGCCCUGACAUUCCUGACCUUUGAUCUGGAGAACGACCCCCUCCCCGGGGGAGAGGGAGACUGCAAGUACGACUGGUUGGAGGUCUGGGACGGUCUACCACAGGUGGGUCCUCUGAUAGGACGUUACUGUGGAACUAAGAUCCCUCCUGAGAUCACGUCGUCUACAGGUAUCCUGUCUCUGUCCUUCCACACGGACAUGGCCGUGGCCAAAGAUGGCUUCUCUGCUCGCUACAACAUGACACACAAAGAAGUCAGCGACACCUUCCAUUGCAGUAACACGUUGGGUCUGGAGUCAGGGAAGAUCUCUGACGACCAGAUCACCGCCUCCUCUUCCUUCUAUGACAACACAUGGUUGCCACGGCAGGCCCGCCUUAACAACGGCAACAACGCGUGGACGCCCAACGAGGACAGCAGCAAGGAGUACAUCCAGGUGGAUCUCCAUGUCCUGAAGGUGUUGACGGGUAUCUCUACCCAGGGAGCGGUGUCCAAGGAGACCCAGAAGUCCUACUACGUCACCACCUUUAAGCUGGAGGUCAGCACCAAUGGAGAGGACUGGAUGGUCUACCGAUACGGCAAGAACCACAAGGUAGGACUCGUGCAGCACGUGGGGAUGUGUGAGCCUUUCUCCUGA